GCACUGAAUUUAUGUUGACUGAAAGAUAUUGUGAGAGGGUUGAGACUUCGACGUAUCGUGCACCUGCAUUUGUUUGGAGCACCGUGUUUCCUGAGAGAAAUUUCGUUCCCGAGUUCCAUCUGCUGGACAUGUAGCACUAACGUAGAGGACUACAAGCAGGUAUCGGUGUAGUGUUUGACAGCUGCGGCAAAAAGAGCAUCAGGACGCGGCUGGAUCUUGCGUUUCCUCGCAGUGCUCGCUUACACGUUUCCUUGUUUUCUCUUCUUGCUCUUCCUCUCUUCUCGGGCUGAGCGCAUGUUCUUCUGCUUCGAUUCUUCAAUAACUGUUUUACAGCCCUUGCUAAUCAGCGGAGCAAUGAUGCAAGGUAGGCUACUUUAAUUUCGCCAAGUAGCGAGCAGAGGAACAAGGAAACACAGUGAAACACCGCGGACGUUGAUGUGACGGACUAUGCACAUGCAUUUUUAGCCUCGAUAACUGGUCACGUUUGUCACCAGCUCUUGUCGAGGUGCGAUUUUUUUUUUCAUUCCUUGGAAGUAAAUGUAUGGAUUUGGAUAUAGCAAGCUAGCUGAUUCAACUUGCCACCCACACACAUCUCUCGGAGAAGAACAGAAAUUUUCCAGCUUUCAUGUGUGUACACACUUGGCAACACUUCUCUCGGAAACGUCUUUUUGGAUUGUUACUAAUGCCACAGACCUAUUUUUACAUCUCGGCAUCGGACAGUAAUUGUGACUGCUGUGGUGUUUUGUUGGUUUCUAAAUUAACGGGCCUGUUUUGGCUAUUCUCUGACAUUCUGUUUGGAUGCCAUUAUUAAACGUAGAAUAGAAUUUCCAGUUGAGAGUCAUCGGAGUCUAUCUCGUUUUAACAAUGCCCGUCAGUGCACUGCCUAGGGGCCGUUCGCUCAGCCCCGUGUCCCUGUCCCGUAGUCUUUCGAGGCUAAGAGAGUUUCGGACCCGGACCCGAAUCAUGCUUUCCCUUGGAGUUUCUCAGAUGGUGUUGGGAAGUCUGAUUUUGGCAGUCAGUUUCGCUGCUUUGGCUCUUACUGUCUCGCCUAGGGUCAGACAUUCGUGUCCAUUCUGGGCCGGCUUUUCCGUGCUGCUGUCUGGCCUGAUCGGAGUGGUGUCCUGGAAGAGGCCUCUCUCACUGGUGAUCACCUUCUUCAUGCUGCUGUCGGCGGUCUGUGUGAUGCUCAACCUGGCUGGCUCCAUUUUGUCCUGUCAGAACGCCCAGCUGGUCAACUCCUUGGACUCCUGUCAGCUGGUGAAAUUUGUCAGCGACGGUGUGUGUGUGUGCUGCGAGCUUCAGCUCCAGAGCUCUGGCUGCAACAACCUGGGGGAGACGCUCAAACUCAACCCUCUGAGGGACUGCAACACCAUCCGCCUGCGUCUCAGGGAGCUGCUGUUCAGCGUCUGCGCCCUGAACGUCAUCUCCACCAUCGUGUGCGCCCUGGCCACCGCCAUGUGCUGCAUGCAGAUGGUGUCUGCCGACAUCCUGCAGAUGUUUAUGCCGCACCGGUCGCGCUCCCUGAACGCUGACUGCAUGACCCCCCACGGCACCAUCCUCCACCAGACCCUCGACUUCGACGAGUUCAUCCCGCCCAUCCCCCCGCCGCCCUACUACCCCCCGGAGUACACCUGCACCCCAGUGAUGGAGACGCAGAGGGGGCUACACCUAGACUUCCCCCACUCCCCCUUCAGUGCCAUCUACGGGGUGCCCAUCAACAGUCCCGGGACACUCUACCCAUCUGAGUUACCACCCCCUUAUGAGUCUGUGGUGGGACAGACUCCUGCCAGCCAGGUCAACAGCUUGGAGCAGCAGGCUACCGAGUCCAGCCUGUGUGAGAGGAACACUACAGCUGACUUCAGCACACAGGCUUCCGUGGACAGCGCCUCCCUCAUGGUGUCGGAGGUGGCGGACCUCCCCGACCACAGCUGCUCCUCGGAGGACCUGUGCUCCCUGGAGGUGCAGGGCUCCCUGCACUCCGCCUCCGACCUCUCUCCCUACGGCACGCCCCGCACCGCCCCCACCGACGGCAGCUGCACCAGCCUGGAGCACAGCGCCCGCUGCUCGCUCCGCCACCACGGCCCCGCCCGCCGCCGCCACGGCGACGAGGACGAGGACGCCGGCCACAGCGAGUCCUCCCGCACCCAGGACCCGUCCCCUGACUGGUCGUCGGAGAACGUGGGCGCGCCGGAGAGGGAGGAGCCGGCGGGGACCGCGCCCAGGCGCUGCUGGGAGAAAGCCAGUAGGGUGCUCGUUCUUCCUCAGCCUCCUCCUCUUCCCUCCGCUCCCGCCUCCGCCUCUGCCUCGGCCUGCGCGCCGCAGCCGCCCGGCCCGGCUCUGGGCCCCUCCCCUUCUCCGCCGACCGCUUCCGGCCCCUCCCCUUCCCCGCCCGCCCGGCCCCGCGGCCACAAGCUCUGCUUCAGCGUCUGGUCCCCUUCCUCCUCCUCUUCCUCCGCCUCCCAGCCCCCGCCCGGCUCCUCCCCCUCCGAGCGGCCCCGUGCCUCGCGCUCCGGCAGGAGGUACCGUAAGUUGGCCCGGAUCGUGCGCUCCACCAGCGACCCCGUCUCCUGUGCCUCCCUUUCUGGAAGUGACUCCUGUGGCUGUGCCUCUGCUAAUAACCCACCUGCUGACGACUCACCACAGACCUCACCAGAGCCAGCCGCGUGUUCGGAGCACACGGCCGUGCUGGUGUCCUUCCCUCCCUCCGCCAAGCCCAGCAUCCUCGGGGGCAGGAAGCCAAAGGAGGGCGCCAAGGUGGACAUCCGCCUCAAGCCCCAGCCUCACCGCGCCCUCGCCAGCGAGCGCCCGCACUCCCUGGCUGAUCUCAAGACCUACAAAGACACCAAAAUCCUGGUGGCCAAAUUCCUGGAGCACUCCAGCUGCAGUCUACCUCCAGAGGUCCAGCAGGUGGUCAACAACAUCAAGUUCGUCAUCAAGUCGGACGAGAGGCACAUGGAGGAGGCCAUAUUCAGCGCCAACAUCAUUGACCAGGUGAUGACGCAGUCGCAGCGCGCCGGAGGCAACCCCAGGAAACGCGCCUGGGAGGACCUGCACUUACAGAGCUGCGGGGCCCUGAGCUCCCCCUCCGCCUCCCUGCGCAGGCCCCGGGGCCGGGCCCCUGGCCCCCCCGUCCUCCCCACCCCCCCCGGCCCCGCGCUCGCCGACCGCCCUCACAGCCUCAUCAGCGUGUGCCGAGAGACCAUCCUCUGACCCCCCCCCAACAUCCGCCAGGACACGUAUUCUAUAGUCUCCUGUAAAAGCCCCUCAGACAGACAUGCCAAGGUGAAGGCGUCUGUCUUCCUCCAUCAGCAGAGGUGGGGGUACAUCCAACGGCAGGGUGGAGGGGGGGAUUCUCCAGAGGAACACCUGCUUUUCCAACAUGGUCAAAAAGACCCGGAAUGUCUGCCCUCAGGGGACUUUUUUGUUUGUUUGGUUUUUUUCUGUAAAACAAACUGGUUAAAAAGAUGAGGAACUGCUCAACUUAAGGCAACUGGGACGUAUUUUCUAAAAAUAAUAUCGAAAAAGAAAUGAACAACAUUUGAAAAGCUCAACUAAACUGUGAAUCUGACAGCUUUUGAGAGCACAGAAGCUCCCAUAAAUUCCCUGUGUUUGGGAAUCUGACCAGCUAGCUGAUCGUGCUUGAACCACAGUGGGACAAGAAGAGUGGGCUUGAAGUGGAUGUCAGCCACUUAAAAAAAUAUGAUUGUAUAACUUACCUCAGUGUGUUCUUAUCAGUGUUACAAUAAAAAUACAAGUUUUUGUGA